CACACUUGCAUAGAAACUCGGUGCUCGUUGUUUCAUCCGCAUCGCCAUCGACGACGCGUUUUAGUUGCAUAUGGCGGAAAAAAGAGAAAAUGAUGCGCGAAGUGCCGUGGCCGAGCCGACCAAGCUGGUUCCGCAGUUUGCUUAGUGUUUCCUACUCCUUGUCAUGUCAUCGCACGUACAAAUAACCGAAUGCUUCAAGAUGAAAAAGCCGAAGAGCUCGCCAGCAAAGGCGGGACCGGCCUCUACGCCCAAGCGACGCUGUGGCACUUCAAGCAGGUCAACUCCGAGGAAACUUGGACGCUCGACGCCGCCAAAUAGCUCCAACGAAAGCAGUCCCCAAAACGUCCACGACGAAUCGUGCAGCCAGGCCCCGGUGGAUCUCGACAACUUGAUCGUUGACGAGUUGCUCUGCUCCCAAGACGUCGUCAACAGCGAUGUCAUAUGGGACUGCAGUUCGCCGCGUAGCCGGCUUGUAUCGGCGCCUGGAGGAUCGGACGUGGAGAGCUUGGUCAAGUUAUUCCGAACAAAGCCUAAAGAAAUCAAACCAGAGCCAUGUCCAUUCAGCAUCAUUGGCAUGAACUUUUCAAAGACCCCUGGAAAUGCUCCAUCACCAAGGAGGAAGAAGGGAAACAGGGGGAAGGCAGCCAGCGCAGCCAGUGCCAAGGCGGUCAUGGACCAGAUGCAGGAACUGUGGGACAUAGUACAGCAGUCCAAGAAGAAUGGUUUUGGUCCAGUGGCCGCUGCCGGCGUUUCUCAAGUCUCCGAGGACACUGAAGAUGCUGCUAGCUCAAAGUCGCCUGAUGACCCUGCCAAAAAAGUGGAAGCGGACACGGUGGCGGAGAGGGACACUGCCAGCACCAUUGCAGCGGCAAAAGCUCCAGCAGAGGACCCGGCGGUUAUUGUUAUUGAAGAAGAAGAAGACUACGACAUGCUGCUGAUGGGGGACGACAGCAUCCUAGUGGCUGCGACGCAGGAAGUCGAUGUGUCCUCACCAGCCAGAAAGUACUCCAAGACGCCAACGGGAGCAAACAAAGGGCAGUUGUCGAGUCUGGGCCGCAGCACGGUUUGUAUUCUCGAUGUCGGCUCACCCACAACGCUCAAGACGCCACCCUUGGCGUCGCCAGUGCACCGUAAGGAAGGUCGUUCCACUCCAAACUGGAACAUGGGGGCCACCCGCAGGUCACCACGUCUCUCGAUGCUCUCCUGCAAACGUACGCCUUCUCCCAGGCGGGUUUCAUCGGCCAAAACCAAGAAGCCAGCUGAACUGGUGACCCCUGCCGUACCUGCGAAUACCGGUGAAGUUUCGAAGCGUGUCGAACCUGCCAAAACUGCUGCAACUGUCGAGACUGCUGCGUCUGUCCAGACUGUUGAGCUGGAGAAGACCGUCGAACUGGCUCCAGCCAUCCAAGCAAGCUCGAGGACAUCAUCAACAGACUUGCUCUUCGAGGAUGAUGACGAAGACGAGCUUCUCGACCAGAUAUGUUGCACCUAUGAGCAGCAACAACAGUUGGAUGCCAAAAUGGCAGCUGCUGCUUCGGCGUCUUUGUUGAAAGUGUCGACAUCGUCUACAGUUACAACCUCUCGCAGUAUGACAUCGACAUCUCAGUCUGCAACAGUUCUUUCUUCUGUUGCCUCAAAGACCACUGCCUCGCUCAUUUCAGAAACCGAAGCUCCUAAAGCAACGGUAAUUAAGAGUUCCGUCAGCACGUCUUCUGUGAGGCAAAUCGACCAGUCGAAUGGUGGGCUUAAGAACGUUGCUGCUCCCACACGUCCCCUAUCAUCUCUUCGCGCAACUGUGUCAACGUUGGUCAUUAAGCAGAGCACAGGCCCUGCAGCUAAGCCUGGAUUCUUAGCUCUGUCGAAUACCACAAACCAGCCAAAACCAGUAAGCGCAGAUACGUGCUCGUUUCAGCAGGCAAGAGUGAUUCUCGAGCAAUGUGUUGCGACGUCGGCAAAAGCGCCACCGCUCGGCAAGGAACAGCCACCUUCAUCAGCUCUCGUCUCCACUGCACCAAAGCAGCGCCUGAACACAAAGUCCCCUUUGGAGAAAUCUUCUCUUGGCACGCCACGUCCUCAAAGCACAAUUGUCAAGACUUCAUCAAAGAGUGUGGAUGCUGCCCUGGACUUUGACGAUGACGAUUUGGACCUUGCGACACCAGAGGUCAUGUCGUGGUUGGAAGAGGUUGAAUCUCAGCCCGUACAAGUCAAGCGCUGCACACCGGAGGAGAUUGCCAAGAAGCGAGCAGAAGCACUUCGGCGACGCCGUCUCAGGGAACAAGAGUCGAACAUGUGGAAAGGUCGCCUGCGCAUGUCGAAGUAAAAGUCUGUCGCGGAAUGCACGAUGCGCUCAAGCAGAUACCGACCGACGCUGAAGAACCAGCAGACGUGCAGCUACCUUGGCCAAGUCGAUGCAUCUGGGACUGUUCCAGUGGCAUUGUGGCUACAGGGUGUUCUACAAGACCAUUAGGAGUAGCAGAGUUACCAAGGUUCUGUGCCUACUUGGGGAGUCUCUGAAAGUGCAUCGCCGAGUGCGCGUCGUGCUUCGGAGAUUGUUGGCCAACGUUGAGGAACCUACAGAGGUGUAGCUGCAUUGCACAAGUCACAUUGCCACAACUUGUUCUAGUGGCAUUGAGAACAGCAUGCUGUACAAGGCCAUCAGAAGCAAACGAGGUGACUCGGUUUCUGAGUCUACCUGGAGAGUGUCUCACAGGGAAAACAAUGGCAUUGAGGCGUUAAGUCACGUUUGCGUCAGUGUGAGUGACGCUAAAAGUGCUGUUAGUAGAGAGAACAUGUGUCGUGUACUGCGCAACUUGCACUGUUGUAUAAUGCUACCAUUCUAUUGGUGGCGCAUUCCAGUUCUGUUGGGCAGCCUGAAAGGUUAUGCUGUUCGGACC